AUGGCUGAAACAUUGACAAACAUUGCUGCUGAAGUGGUACGCAAUUGCAAUAACCUCAAAGGUAAGGUGCAAAAUCUUAAAAGGAAAAUUGAACGGCUCAGCAGUCAGGCAGCUGACGUGAUUGUAAUGCUAAGAGAGGCAGAACUUCACUCGAGCAAGAAAAGGAAAAGGGAAGUUGAAGAUUGGCUGACCAUUGUAGAAAAAAAGAAAAAAGAAUUUGAAAGCCUGGAAAAAGAAGUUAACGAAAGUGGAUUUUAUUCACGUAUACAACUGGCAAAACAUGUUAAUAAAAUGAUUGGGAAGUGGCAGAACUUAUCGACCAAGAAAAUCUGGCUUAGUUUAAGGGAUGAUAAAGUUUUAGGUAUUGGAAUUUAUGGAAUGGCGGGAGUGGGCAAAACGACUUUGGCAAUGCAUGUCCAUAACAAUCUCUUGACAGAAUCUAUAUUUUUAGGUAAUGUGUAUUGGAUCACUGUUUCACAGGAGUUUAGCAUUCACAAAUUGCAAAAUGACAUUGCCAAAACCUUGGAUCUAGAUAUUUCAAAUGAAGAUGACGAAAAGAAGAGGGCAGCAAAAUUGUAUCUGGCAUUUAGGACAAAGAAGAAAUUUGUACUCAUACUCGAUAAUUUAUGGAACGGUAUUGCUACAGAGAAGAUUGGAAUUUCUCCUGAAAUGAAUGGAUUCAAGUUGAUCAUAACGAGUCGAUCACUAGAGGUAUGUCGUUCUAUAAAAUGCCAAGUUAAUAUAAAAGUUGAACCUCUAUCGGAAGAAGAUGCCUGGAAAUUAUUUAUUGAAAAACUUGGUUAUGGCAUAAAACUUCCUUCAGAGACAGAAGGUAUUGCAAAGAAAGUGGCAAAAAGGCGUGCUGGUUUGCCACUUGGGAUUAUUACAAUGGCUGGAAGCAUGAGUGGGGUGAUGGACAUUCAUGAAUGGAGGGAUGCUAUGGAAUAA